CGAGAAGGGCACAAUAGUGACGCAAUAAUAUAAAUAAGUAUAAUAAACGAUUUAGGGUUUUUAGGAGCAGCUCAGCGAGAGGAAGUGUAGCACUCUACGGCGCAGCCAAGAUGGGUAUCUCCAGGGACUCCAUGCACAAGAGACGUGCCACUGGUGGCAAGAAGAAGGCUUGGAGGAAGAAGAGAAAGUAUGAGCUUGGUCGUCAGCCUGCAAAUACUAAGCUAUCAAGCAACAAGACAGUAAGGAGAAUUCGAGUUAGAGGAGGCAAUGUUAAGUGGAGAGCCCUGAGAUUGGACACAGGAAAUUAUUCUUGGGGUAGUGAGGCUGUCACCCGCAAGACUCGUAUUCUUGAUGUGGUUUACAAUGCCUCAAACAAUGAGCUUGUUAGGACACAAACUUUGGUGAAGAGUGCAAUUGUUCAAGUUGAUGCUGCUCCAUUUAAACAAUGGUAUCUUCAGCACUAUGGUGUUGACAUUGGCAGGAAGAAGAAGACUGCUGUGAAGAAGGAAACUUCUGAGGAAGGAGAAGGUGCUACUGCCACUGCUACUGCAGAGGAAACCAAGAAAAGCAACCAUGUUCAAAGGAAGCUUGAGAAACGCCAGAAAGACCGUAAGCUUGAUUCCCAUAUAGAAGAGCAGUUUGGUGGUGGUAGAUUGUUAGCCUGCAUCUCAUCCCGUCCUGGUCAGUGUGGCAGAGCUGACGGGUACAUAUUGGAAGGUAAGGAGCUGGAGUUCUAUAUGAAGAAGAUCCAGAGGAAGAAGGGCAAGGGUGCAGGUGCUGCAUAAAUAUCAAGUUUGUCAAGUUUUGCUGCCCACUGUUUGGGUUAUUUAGUUUUGGUUCCUUCGAGUUUUAGAAUGUGAUUUGAUGCCCAAUCGAAGCCUAUUCAAAUGAUGCACAUUCUGGUUAAGGGCCGUUAGUGUCAACUUGUUACUUUUUCUUAUUCACAUAAUUUCACUGUUUUGCUUUAAAUAUUGUCGGCAUUGACUUUUCA